UAUACUCUAAUUUUUGCCGUGACACCUGCGAGCAAAUGUCUGCAAUACACCUCGUCCCUGUGAACAUAUGUAUGCCUUGCCACCUGCUCCUCUCAUGAUCCCUGGUUGUGAUUUCGGACUUCAAUGGUGGACGUCCUCACAUCAUCUCUGUACGGACUCAUCAGAAUUGUCCACUUGCACGUAGUGGUCAGCAUUACGCUCUGACUCGAACCAUCGCCAGCGACACAAUCCACCCUCUCAUCUACGCGCAACCCGGGCCCGUCCACCUUUCAGAGGUCUGUUCGCCGCGGCUCCAGCCAGUUGUUCACGACUCAAACGCACGCCCUCCCCACAUACCAGCUGUCUGACAGUCACACCAUCACGAUGUCUGGCAAGCUGUCGCGCGAGGAGUUUAGAAGGCAGAAGGAUCUCGAGGCUGCUCGUAAAGCAGGAACGGCAGCCCCCGAAAUCGACGAGGAUGGUCGAGUCGUCAAUCCUCAUGUUCCCUCGUACAUGGCCAAAGCGCCAUGGUAUUUGGAUGCAUCCGGAGGUCGCGGCGGUUUGAAACACCACAAAAAGCCUCAGUCGGAAAAAGAGUAUGCCAAGAUUGGAGAUUGGUAUGAGCGAGGUGCAAAGGCAGGACCGGCAGCUACCAAAUUUCGCAAAGGAGCUUGCGAGAACUGUGGCGCCAUGUCUCACAAGACCAGGGACUGCUUGGAAAGACCACGCAAGAAGGGGGCAAAGUGGACAGGCAAGAAUAUCGCUCAGGAUGAAGUCCUGAACGACUUGAAGGAGCAGGAUUACGAUGCAAAGAGGGAUCGGUGGAAUGGCUAUGACCCGUCCGAGCACAAUAUGGCCAUGCAGGAGUACGAAGCUGUCGAGGCGGAGAGGCGAAGACUUCGAGAAGAGCAGAUCGACCAACAAAAGAGCUCGGAUUUGAGCGCAGCUAGAAAGCUCGCCAAGCAGGAGAAGAAGUCGGGACCCAAAGCGGAUGGAGAUUUCAGCUCGGAAGAUGAGGAUCAGGAUGACGAGGACAAGUACGCAGAGAAGGCUGACAUGCCCGGUCAAAAGGUCAACACCGAUACGAGACAAUCUAUGCGCAAUUUGAGAAUUCGAGAGGACAGAGCAAAAUAUCUUUACAAUCUCGACGUCGACUCUGCCUACUACGAUCCAAAGACUCGUUCUAUGCGCGAAGCUCCCGAUCAGAGCAUCAGACCCGAAGAUGCGCAAUUCGCUGGCGACAACUUUACUCGAGGUAAAGGCGACGCUGCGAAGAUGCAAGAGCUGCAAUUGUUCGCUUGGCAAUCCGAGGCUAGAGGUCACGACGUGCAUUUCCAAGCAAAUCCGACCGUCAACGAGCUGCAGCACAAGGAGUACCAACAGAAAAGAGAGAAACUCAGAGACACUAUCAAAGGUAGCAUUCUGGAGAGGUACGGCGGUGCUGAGCAUUUCGCUAGUCUACCGAAGGAGCUGCUGGGAGGUCAGACGGAGGACUACGUGGAGUACAGCUCGACUGGACAACCCGUCUUGCCUCAAAAUAGAAUCACUGCUGCACCGAGCGGAUCCGGUGAUGGGCCUCGAAAACUCUAUGACGGUAAUCAUACCCAGCCAUGGGGUACUUACUUCGACGAAGACAGCGGCAAGUACGGAUACGACUGCUGCCACUCUACCAUACGUAACUCGUACUGCACAGGAAAGGCUGGCAUAGAAGCAGCUCAGGCCAGCGACAAUCUGCUAAAGCCGAAAGCUGCCGGAAAUUCAGAUGCAGCAACAGCGGACAACACAGCCGAGCAGAAAGUAUCCGACGGCAAGCGAAGAAGAACCAGAUCGUUUUCCAGCUCGGAUAGCAGUGACUGGUCAAGCUCUGGCUCUGAGAGCGACUCGGACAGAGGAGGCAAGAGAUCCAAAAGGCGCAGAUCGUCGAAGACCAAGUCGGACAGGCGAUCACGAUCUCCUGCGCACAAGUCGCAUACAAAGGGCUAUCAAAGCACCAAAGGUAUGGGCGAAGGAGAUGUCUCCUCUCGUCUGGACUCCGACAAGCUACAAGCUGCGCUCAAAUCCGACAAACAUGCAAGUGAGGAGACAAGCGAUGACGGCAUGCCCGAUUGGCUCAAAGAGGCCCAGGCGAUCAAUCGAAAGACGGACAGGUUUGCUUCUUUGAAAAAGGGAGCGGAUGCGAAUGGCGAUGUGACAGAGGAACAGCUGGAGGCGUACAGGAUGAAGAGCAGAAACGACUAUGAGGACCCCAUGGCUAAUUAUCGUGGAGAUUAAGCGAGUCUCGUCGAGCCCUCAAUCCAUUCUACCUGCUUGC